UGAACAUUAUUAAAAAUGAUGAUUAGAAAGAUGAACAUAUCUAUAAGAUUAGUUUUUAAUCUUAGUAGUGGAAACGCGCGGUUAUAGCCCAAUGAAGGUAAAUUGAUUACUGUAAAAAUAUGCCCCCAGUGGUUGUAAUGAAAGUCAGGGCAGUCACAGAAGGAAGCAAUUCACAAUUAAUCAGGUCAGGAAGAUCCAGGAACCAGAAAGAAAAUAUAGCCCACAAUAUCUUUAUAAAAAUAGAGAUAAUGCUAAUUGUUCUAUAUAUGCUGUCUUGUUUGACACUGGUCAAAGCAGAUUCUCACUCACUGAUGUUGUUUGCAACAUAUAUAAAUGGACAAACACAAUUCCCUGAAUUUAGUGCUGUAGUGCUGCUGGAUGAUUUGCAAUUAAUGUUCUAUGACUCAGUCACUGGGAAACUUGUUCAUCGCAGAAACAGUACUUCUGACUACUAUGAAGACGAGCAGAUGGAUGCAAAAUACAUUUUUGAGGCGAUAUUCAUCAAAAUGAAAGAACAAACAUCUUUUUUCAAAGAUCGUCUUAAUUACACAGAUGGUUUUCCUGUUUUUCAGACAGUUGCUGGGUGUGAGUGGCUGGAUGAUGAUAAGUCAGGAAUGCUUCUUUUAAGGGAUGCAUUCAAUGGUCUAAGUAAUGAGGAAUGGCUCUUUAAUAUGGCAGAACGCAGCUGGAUAAUUAAAACUGAAUGGGCAACAAAUUUUAAACAGAUUACUUUAAAGCUGGCAGCUGAAAAUGUUCUUCGUGUAAUUUGUGUUAAACAUCUACAAAGGUACCUUCACAUGGAGAAGAAUUGUGUGUUGAGAAAAGUGAAACCCAGAGUUAGAGUAUUUAAGAAGACACUAACAGACUCUGGAGGGGCAAUGAUUACCUGUCUGGCCACUGGUUUUUAUCCACGUCACAUUAACCUGACCCUGCUCAGAAAUGGAAAACCUGUGCUUGACCAUGAGAUUAUGGGAGGAGAUCUGCUGCCCAAUGCAGAUGGAACUUAUCAGAUGAGGAAGAGUCUGGAGAUCCCCGCAGAAAAAAUUGGACAUAACUAUAACUUCACCUGCACAGCAACUCACCUCAGCCUUGACAACAAACUUGCUGUUAAAAUGGAGCUGGAAAAUUAUCAGGGAUCAUCCACAGUGGCAGUUAUUUCCUGUUUGUUGGUGGUGGUAUGUGUGACUGCGUUGGUCAUAACUGCACUUAUGUGGAAGAAAAGACGUACAGCUGGUCCGAUCUCAAAAGCAUCUUCUCAGAGUGAUUAUACCUCUGCCUCUACUUCAGAAGAGGAGGAAAAAUAAAAGUUUGUAACAUCCAAAAUCCUGCAAACCUUAUUCACACACCUCUUUCUGUAGAGAUGCUAAUUAAAACAAUGGAGAACACCUAAAUUACAAUUGUUUUGUUCAAGUAUAUGUGUUAAAAGCAUUUGAUUAUGUUUUUCGAUUAUGUUAUUUAUUUCAGUUUUAAGUAUUUUCUGCUUGCAAAGACUGGGGGUGAGUGAGGCACAAACUACAGGCUUCAUUGUAAAAGAUAUUUUAGCUAGUGACACGGGGCCGAGCAAUCUGUGCCUUUUGUAUUUUUCUUUCACUGCCAGAAGAUGAUCUCCUGCAAAUGUGUGAAAUGUUUGAUAUGUUUUCAUUAAGAUACUGGUUUUGGAGUGUUUUGGAGACAUGAAAGUAAAGUCAUUUAUGAUAUGUUUUGUGUUGGGUGUGAAAGUCACAAAAUCCAACAACCUGAUAUUAUCCUAAUCAGUGUGUUACCAAGCACAGUAUCAGGGGAAAUAGCUGAUAUUUAUGAUUUUUUGUCUUAAUUGUGGAGCCUUUGCAAAAUUAUGUGUCCAUAUGCAUUGAUGCAUAAUACGAUGCAGUGGCGAGGCUACAUAUUGGGCCAGGGUGUCACUGAUGCCAAAUGCAUUAGAGGUUGUGCCCCGCUCUCUCUCUAUGUUAGUCAUGAAAUCACUCUAAAUUAAAGGAAGCUGAAUUAUUAAGCUGAAUCUUACAGUAUGUUAUCUCUGUAAAUUUUGUUUUAAAGAAAUAGUUCACAGAAUAAUGAAAAUUGUUCCAUCAUUUACUCACUUUUGUGUGUUUUGAACAGCAUUUCUUGUUGCUUUUUUUAUGAAAAAUAUUAUAAAUGUUUUUCUUUCAAUUUACAGACAUUUUUUAUUCAUAGUUAAUAAUACCAAUAGAUUAAUGUCAUUGCAUAAGAUGUACUUAUUGCAAUUCAAAUCGUUGUUAAUUCAUAACUUUCUCUUGCUAUUUAAAAAAGCAGGGCCAUUUUCUGUGAAGGCUAAAGAUCUGAGUAAUGUUUGUAGGUACACAAAAGAAGGUCUAGGAGGGGAUGGGAGGCUAUAGUUGGAAACCACAACAAAUAGGGGAAAAAAAUCAGUUUGCACAUUUGUCAAAGCUGCUUUUGUAUUAUUUAAUUAUAUAUGGUCAACCUGGAAUGCUCAGUGGUCCUGUGUGGCUUGGUAGAGCAUUGCAUUAGCAAAGCAAAGGUCAUGGCCCAUGGUUCCUGAUGUAAGGAACAUUCAUGCUCAUAAAACAAUGUAUACCUUUAAUGCACUUUAAAUUAAAGCAUCUGCUUAUUUACAUGAAUGUAAUUCUGCCAGAGGAUAACAGUAAAUGUGAGAAUUCAGCAGAGGCCCUAAAUGUUGGAGGGACAUUGGGGAUCUGUGGAGGCAUAGAAUGUCAGAGAUCUGUACAAAGACUAUUUUAAUUGUACAUGACUACAAUCAAUCUGUCAAUGUACAUGAACUGCAAUCUAGGGACUGAUCUAACAAUACUAUAUUUUUUCUGUAUCAUUUUUCUCUCUGUUUUUGUAUAUUAUUUAUCUGGAACCUUAAAUAAA